AUGGCAAUAAACGAAUUGCAGACUGAGUUAGCAGAAAGGCGAAAGGAGUGGAUAGAAGGACUGCAAAAUGAGACACAUUCGAUUCCAUCAAUUCAUAGUGAACAGUUGAAUUUGGUUAAAUUGUGUUGUUUGCAGAGUAAUGCUGAAACACGACUCGAAGCACUCGGCUUUCGCGUCGGUUACAUUCUUGUCGAAAAAGUGACGAAGGAUAUUCCGAGAUUAUUAACUGAAUUGGAUAAAGUGAAAUUCAUUUGCAAAGAGUUUUGGACAGCUGCAUUUGGUAAGCAAGUCGACAAUUUGCGUACAAAUCAUCAGGGAGUAUAUGUGGUUCAAGACAAUAAAUUUUUCACUGUCGCGAAUUUCGCUGAAGGCAAACAAUACUUGAAAGAAUCGUCCAUUUUUCUUGCACUUCCCUGUGGAAUUAUAAGAGGUGCGUUAAGCAAUUUGGGUAUUGAAUCACUUGUGACAACAUCUGUUGAAGCAUUACCACUCGUGAAAUUUCAUGUGCAGCUGCAGAAAUCACCAGUACCAUGA